GUCACCAAAAUUUAUAAUAAUAUUACGGUUACUUAAAAUAACUUACCUAUUGAUUGUAUAAAAUUUUAAUAUUAGUAAAAAGAUGGAGGGAACAGGGGAUCCUAGUGGUCAGAUUAAAGUCAAAACUAAAACCGAAAAAACUGGAACUAUCAUAAAAAGUGAUGAAGACACAAUGUCCUCUCAGAGUGCAGAAGAAGCGGAAGAGUCAUUACAGCCUGACAAUGUUAUAGAUAGCGAGAAACCCUCACAAUCUGACCUGUAUGUUCCUGAUGUGGGUCCUAAGUGGUAUAAAGUGACCGCCCCACUUGUCACACCACCCAUGAUUUUCACUAAGCUACCAGAUAUGUUUGCAUCAUUCCCAAUCAAUGACAGGCCUAAAACUAAAGAUGAUGAUUAUGAUGUUCUAGAACAAAGAUUGAGAGAUUUUGUUGGGGCAGAAGUGAGUGAUGAAGAUUAUGAAAAGCUGGCUGACUUUUGCAACCCAAGCCAUUUAGAAACAGGAUUAGAAAUGAAAAUGUCUACAUCUUUGCCAGGUACAAAUUCUUGUCCAGUAAAAGAAUUUGAAGAAACUGAUAUUGGCAGUGACCUUAAUAUUGCUAAAAAGCUUAAAUUAAGAAAGUCCAAAGAUGUAAAUAACUUGUACUCACAACAUCUUAAAUAUAGAAGAGUGCGUCUCUUGCCCCAGUCAAAGGAAAAUGACAUAACAGUAACAAUUGGGGAGCCAUUGCAACCUGGUCAGGAUUUGCUGUUUCGUGUCAGAGUGUACAGGCCUUUCCGACAUUCUGCUAGAGAGAGAACGAAUACACGGCACUCAAUUCUCAGCAAUGACAUAGUGCUACUCGGUAGACAGUCGCUCACUGUGCUGCGGGAUCGAAUCGUCUGCCUAAACGAUGUGAGCAUGAGCGUCGAUGUGUCGGAGAGGCUCGACGACUUGCCCAAUACUACUGCUAAGGAGCUGUUCCCAUCCGGGUUCCUGUUCAUCAACAACGUGUUCUACGUGGACGCGCGCGCGGGCUGCGCGGACCGCUCGCGCGCCGUGCGCCACUGGGCGGCGGCGCGCGGCCUCGGGGCCUUCCCCAAGCGGGACAUGGCCAGCACAAGGCUGCAGGACAUCGCGCUCAAGAUGGGGCACCCGGAGGUGUACUCCCACCAGGGCAACUGCGAGCACUUAUUCACAUUCUCCGAAGUCCGUCUAAUGCACGCUACUGACCCGCUGAAGAUCAGCCUCUACCCGUACCACACGCAGACCACACAGAACCACUCCAUAUAUUGCACAACUUGUGGAGAAUUCGGCAGUAAAUGGAUCGUCACUGGAUGCGAUAGAGUUCCCUUCGAUCCUACGUUCUUCUGUGAAACCUGCUUCAAGUUCUACUUAUACAAAGAUGGACAGAAAAUAUGCGAUUUCAAAGCAUAUUUGUAUAGAGGCAAUGAAAUCAACUCGCUCAAGCCAUUUGGAUGAUACGAAAAGAUAGUACUUGAAUAUAAAAAACGUGCAUAUUAUGGUAGAUCAAUCGUGAAUAUUAUCUGAAAAUGCACCUUGUAACCCAUGACAUAAAUGCUAUUUUAGCUUGUUGUGUAUGAGGUAUAUAUUAUUUUUUGUAUUAUUUUUAAACGGGACUUAAUCUAUUAAAUAGUUGAAGUCGUGAUUUAAUUAAAUGUUAAAGCCAUAUUGGUAACAUUUUAAACAAAUAACUGAAGUCUGAAAUACUUUAGUAUUUUUUCAGACUUUAAUUUAUUUUGCAUAUUGUUAAACCAAGUAUUAAUAUCAACUUAAUAUUCAACAAACCCAUGAAAAAUAUUAUAGAUACCCUUAAUUUUGUUACUUUUAAAUUCAGUUAAAUUAAAUAGUGAUGUAUAAUGAUGUACUAUUAAUAUAAAACCGUUAAUAAAAUAAGAAGUACACAAUAAAACUUUAAACUGGACGUGAUCUCAAAUUUUAUACUGUAUGUAAUUCUUUAGGUUAAAAAAUGGCUGUGUUAAGAAAAUUCUUCACUUGGAAGAAUCAAAAAUGAAUUAUGGAAGGGUGCAAUGUAUCUUAGGGAUUUGGCAAAGAGGUUGGUGUGUGUGUAGUAGCUUUAAGUAGUUUCCAUUAUUUUUUUAUGUAGUUGCAGUAUGAAAUACAUAGAAUGUUUAGUUAUCUAUUAUUGAUAAUAUUAAUGUUUUGAAGUGAUACUUAUUUAGGUGUGUUGAGAGUAAAAUUUCAAGAUCGCUGCAUGGAUUAAGGCGACGAUUUUGGUAUCUUUGAAUCUUGCCAAAGAAGUUUCACUUCUGACACGUGUGCUCGGCACACACGCUAUUUUUUAUGCAGUAAUAAGUAUUUGUAACAGUAUACUCGUACAGGUAGUGGAUAAGAUUGUGAUCCUUUUUUAUU